AGACAAAAACAACAACAGCGGCGGCAGCUCUGCGGCUCGGCGACGGGAGUUAACGAGAAAGGCGACAGAGCAGUUUAACAAUUACCUGCCCGGUAACACAAAGUGCCGGCUGCUCGUGUACGGUUAACGCACCCGUUAUUGUUUACAUUUAACGUCAAAAUGUCGAUGUUUCGUAAGUUAUUCGGCAGCAAGGAUGGGAAAGCGCCGACACCCCAGGAGGCUAUCCAGAAACUCCGAGAGACCGAGGAGAUGUUGACCAAAAAACAGGAAUUUCUAGAGAAGAAAAUCGAGCAGGAGCUCAGGACGGCGAAGACUUACGGCACGAAAAACAAACGAGCGGCUCUGCAGGCCUUGAAAAGGAAGAAGCGUUAUGAGAAGCAGCUGGAUCAGAUCGACGGGACGUUGUCCACCAUUGAGUUCCAGAGGGAGGCGCUAGAGAACGCAAACACCAACACAGAAGUGCUCAAGAACAUGGGCGUCGCUGCCAAGGCAAUGCGCGCUGCACACCAAGACAUGAACAUUGACCAAGUAGACGACCUGAUGGCUGACAUCACAGAACAACAGGAAGUGGCUCAGGAAAUCUCAGAUGUAAUUUCCAGACCGAUAGGUUUUGGCGAAGAAUACGACGAGGAUGAGCUUAUGGCCGAGCUCGAGGAUCUGGAACAGGAAGAGCUGGAUAAAAAUCUGCUGGAAAUCGAAGGAACAGAAGACGUCCCUCUACCCAGCGUACCAUCUACAUCACUUCCAGCCAGACCAGCCAAGAAGAAGGAGGAAGAGGACGAGGACGACAUGGCGGACCUGGAGGCCUGGGCGGCUAACUAAGCUAGCUUGCCCUGCUAGCUAGCUAGUGCCCCUCUCCUGUCUGUCUCUGUGCUACAAGCUGCUACCAGACAUCUGGGAGAGAGACAGGGACUCUGGGCUGCUGGCAUGCUGCUCUGUCUUAGAGCCAGCGUUCCCAAUAUCUAACCAUACCCCAACCCCAAAGUAUGCACCUGUGCACAUAUUCACUGACUUCAAAUGAACCCAGGUUUUCUCCUCUGAUUAAUGUCACGGUACGAUUCUCUUCACUCCAGCUGUAUCUGUUUCUAAAGGGCAUAGAGUCUGGAAAUCAAAUGUCACGCCCUAACAGCCUGCGGUGAUGUACCUGAACGCCGCUCAUAGGGCAGGAGGGCGCAAGUGCAUACUUCCAGGGGCGGGUGUGUGUGGAGGAGGAGGACGAGGCUCGAUUCUGGGAGGAGUGUGAGGAAUAAAGAAAUGUGUGGGGAAAAAAGGCAAAACCAGAAGGACGACAUGACUCAGCCAUUUUUCUGCUUCCUGCGUUGUCAUCUCUCUGCUCUUCUACAAUGAUGACGACAACUCAUUGUCUUCGCCGUUUCUGCUAAAUCAGCAGCAGAAAAAAAUCUAUGAAUGAUGAAAAUGUGGGACUUUCUCACUGAAAUAUCGCUGUCAAACUACCAAUGAGAUUACAGCUGUGAAAGCAUCUCUCAAGACGAGGAUCCAGGGUUUGAUCCCUCUGUUGUCCGCGGGCAACUUCUAGAUCACUCUUUAGGCAAUCUUGGCUAAUCGGUUAACUGUGAAACCUGAAACUACAUCACUUUUUAAGUAUUUAAUCCUUUGAAACCUGAGCAAAUGGGUGCGAUUUUUUUCCCAAAAUAUGUAGAAAAAAGGC